GCCAUUUGCAGUUGAAAUUUUCGGUUUUUGAAGAAGCAACGACGCGUUCUUCACUCUUCAGCUUCACCUUCAACGAUCGUCUUCUCUUCACUACGUUCAACACAGACAUUCAAAUCUCGAUCCAUCUUCUCAGUGUUAGGUUUUCGAUCGCGUUCUGCACGAUGUUGCAAUGGAUGGGAGGAUCCAGGCGGAAAGUCACUACUUCAAGGAAGUCUACACAGAAAAGGCAAAAGCAAUACUUUGAACAAAGGAAGCGUCAGCAACAAAAUCUGCAGAUGAUGGGGUCAGAUAACCCAGGCAUAAAUGGACAAAGCCUCAAAGAACAUCGGUCUCUGGACAUUCUUAAUUUGCUAAACUUGUCAGAAAAUGCUCAAAAAUGCAAUUCUUCCUGCCCGAAGGUAGUAAAAGAGAGGGGUGAUGGAGAAAUCAGCGUUUUUACCAUGCCAGGAAGUGUCUUAACAAAUCAGCCAGGAAUGUUUACCAAUGUGGAGGCCACUAUAAAUUCUCGUGGAUUUGAAGAAACAAAACCAGGAGCACCUUUGUCCUGCCAGAUUGAAACAUCACCAAAGAAGGUUUCAGUAUCUGAUCGUGAUCACCAGAAUACUACUUUUAGUGGAUCACCAAGCCCUUGGAAGACAGUAACCGAUCAAUACUCGGAAUUAUCUGUCAUGGAUUUGCUUUGUGAUGAUGAGCCUAAUCCCACUGUGGAAAAGUCUCCAACCUGUGAAGAUCAUGUUUCUUUUUCACUUGAAGGUUUGGGUAAAGUUGGAACAGAGACACCCGUUCAUUCGCCAGAACAACAGGCUAGAUUUCCCUACAGAAACACUCCACUGCUGAAGGAUGGAAGGAAAUCAAAAUUAAAGAAUCUUAACCAUGUGCUGGAUGACAUUGAACUUGAAGCGGAUACAAUGACACAAGAUAUCAGGGUUUCGCCCAUCAGUGCUUCAAACUUUCCAUAUAACAAACUAAAGCGAAAUUCAGACUGCAAGCAUUUUUAUGACCAUACUGGCAAAAGUGGCUCUUCCAUCAGGGAAGAACUUUUUUAUGAUAAUAAUGAAGACAUAUGGAAUGGUUCCAUCUUUGCUGAUGGGAAAUUUGACAAAGAGAUAGGAUAUGAUAGGUCAUGUAAGAAGACUUUUCAAAUGGGUUCUAAAUAUCCUGAAUUAUUUAACAGAGGAGCCGCCAAAAUUGGAAGUUAUGCUUUUGAAGACCUCCUUCCACCGAAAUGGUCUUCAGCAACAGCAAUGGAAGAGAUCAACAUAGGAGAGCCAUUAGCUUCAUUUUCUGAAGACGAUUUAGAGAAUGAUUUUGACUUCUAUGCCGCUAGUAGGGGAAGAUUAGAUGGGAACUUCAAUUCUCAACAUUUAAUUCCAGAAGAUGUUAGAGAUAAUUCGAGCUUGCUGAGCGAAGAGUCAAGCUCAUCCACUGCAGUGAGGGGCGAGUCUGUUGUGCGUCCACCAUCAAGAAGAGUGACAGAAGAAGAGAACAAAAAAAAGCACAGAAAUACUUUUGUGAGCCCUAAACAUAAGUGCAGUACUAAGGAAGAGAAAUGCAGAAGUUCGUCAAAUCCAUCUAAGCGAAAAUCAUCUCAUUUCUCAAGCUCUAUUCUUCAGGAAGAGUUGGGAGCAUAUAAGAGUUGGCAAUUUGAGGAAAGAUGUGCCUCAGUUGAUAGAAGUUCUGUUACCACUUCAUUCUGUCAAGAUUUAGAGGAAAAUUUUGCAGUCUUCUGCCCCAACUUUAGAACUGAAGAUCCUUUUAGCGUCUUUAGUACCCCUGAAUUACAUAACAUGGCUAGUCCUUCCUUCGGUGGAUUUAAAAAGGCUGCACCUCUUGUAGAUUCACCUCCUUGCAGUUUUACAUCAGAAAAGUAUGCAUUUGAUUGUUCACCUGCAAUCCCUAAUGUUCGCUCAUGGCCAACCGGCCCAAGUAGUGAAUCUCCAGAUUUCCAGUUCAAAGAAGGGCCUGAAGACACGGGGGUUUUUCUUUUUGAGACUUCAUCUACUGGUAUGUCAGUACAGGGAAGUGUUAGCAAGGGUGAAAAAAAAGUGAAAUUGCAGAAAGACAGACACAAUAGUUUUGAGCAAGAAGACAUUUUCAUGGGAGAUAAUGAAUUAUCCUCAGAAAAGAAAAUUGCUGGAGAUGCUCCAACUUCCAAUAAUCAUACACUAGAAUGUGAAGGCACAGAGGACACAAAUCCAAAGACUGCUCACUGUCCCGAAACAGCUGAAUCUCCUGGUCAUGUGGAGGAGAUAUCGUCGUCACUGAAGAAACCUGACAAACAUGAAAGCCAAGUAGAUAACAGAAAGAAACUGGAAAAAUUCACCAGGAGCUAUUCUGAUGCUGAAACUCCUCUUAAAUGUAAAACUACAAAUGCAGAAACGAGGAGUUGGCAGACUGAAGGAAGAAACUCAGUGAACGAAAAACAUUGUAGUGAUCAAAUGAGCUUGUCCGGUCAGGUGAUGUUUGAAAGCUACGUCUUUCAGCUUUUGCGUGUUCAGAAGGUAUUGAAGGAAACAUCUGGAAGAAAUAAUGUCUUCCUUGGACCUGGGAUCAGUAAAAUUUGUCACAAGAUUUAGACAACAAAAUAACAAUAGACACCUUUUUUUCGCAAUGCAGUGUAAAAACUUAAACAGAUAAUCUUCUGGAAUAAGUUUUGGUAUUGUAUAUACUUAAAAAGCGUGUUUGUUCCCUGUUGGGAACCUCAAUCAAUAUGAUAGACUAAAUCAAUUUUGGAUGACAACAUAGAUGUGUGGAAGUCAUUUGGAGAAUUGAUUUCAGUCACAUAAUCAAUUCUGCAAGUAGUUUCAGUGUUGAAAAUAAUCAAUUUGAGAUUUUACAAAUGGAUUUCUCAACAUUACCCUGCAAAAAUUGCUUUUUAUCGUGUUCUACAUUCAGAGUCAGCUCAAUUGCCAUUGAUUCAUAUAUUUUCUACAUUGACUUCAUCUCCUUAUCCAUUGGUCUCUUAACUUGAUUGAAGGAGUUGAUGCUAAGUAUUU